AGCAGCUUUAUUUAAUUGUUAGUUGGUUGAUAAUAAUGUAAUAUAAUAUAUCAAGCUUUUUCUAAUUUCUCUGUAUGCUUUUAAUCGGUGAACCUACAAAGAAGGAAAGAGUAGAAAAGCUAGGGUAUAUUCAUAUGAAAAAAUGGAGGCAAUGCAGACUAGUGUAACUGUUGUUUAGUAAAGUUACGCUCAAAUUGUAUAUCCGUAGUUUGAUAUGUCCAUUAUACGUGCAUAAUCCCAUACAAGGCAGCAUGUUAUACAUUGUCCAAAUUGAUCACAUACCUUGAUUUGCUUAUUGAACUUGUUGCAUUCCACUGGGACAGCAGUAGAUAACAGUAUUUAAACCUUUGCAACAAACUCAAAAUGAAAAGUAUCGUUAUUUUUUUAUAUAUUCAUCAUGUCUAGUCCCACGCUUCAAUUGAAUGCUAAAAACAAUAUUAAUAUCUCUAUUUACAACACUAAUAAUACUCAUAAACGCGAAAUCUCUACUGACUCUGAUUCAUCCCUUUCAGAUCCUAAUAUUAAUAGAAGAAAAAAAUCAAACUAUUUCGUAGGAAAUGGGCAAAAAGAGUGGGAACCCAGGAGUCGCUACAUCAUUGACGGUGUAGAUAUAACGAGAAGACUAGAUUCGUUUAGAAAGAGAAGUAUCUGGGUGGCAGAGAACUUGAACCACUUAAACCCGAUAAGAGUGUUGAGCUUGUCGUUUGUGUUUCCUAUCAACAAAUGGAACAAGGCUCGGUGUGUCUCGAGUUAUUUGAAGGAAGAAGCUGGAAAUGCCUUGCUUAAGCAGGCUUACCAAGGCAUCCAAAUGCCAAAGGUGUCUGAUGAAGCAGUGCUUUUCUGUAAGAGGUUGAUCGACGCUGAAGGUGGUGAAGUCCCCAACAUGGAAGCUUCCAGUGAUAUGGAAAGAUUUGUAAUGAAGAUUGCAAAGAGUUUUGCAAAUAACUCUGCAAAAGCCAAGAACAAUUCGGAGGCAACUUUUUUAAUAAAGUACUUGUGGCCCAUCAUAAAAAUAAUGUUUAUAGAAGAUGCAAAGAAGAAUGUAGUCUAUUCACUUAUAGAUGGAUAUGAAAAGGACGAAAAUGAAAAACCGGAUUUUAUGCUUGGUAUUGGCAGCAGAAAGAGAGAGCUCUACUACUUCUAUGUAGAGCUCAAACGUCCUGAAUGCCAGAGCAAAUAUCAAAAGGAAGACGACUAUUGUAAAUUGUUGAAGCAGAUGAAAGCAUCUGUUGAUAAGCAGGUGAAGUUGAAGCUGGCCAACCCAUCUUCAUUUGGACUGUGACAUCCUUCAUAAUAGGCUUCAACAGCUCUCUGUACAAAAUGACCUUGGUAAAUGACGGAAUAUAUUUACCAGUAAUGGUGAAGCGUUUUUCGCUGGUCGAAAAUGAGUCCCAGCUACUCAAUGUACCAGUAAUUGUCGAAACUCUUGGGCUUGUCAGGGUAAGUGUGCUUUUGUUAAUACAAGAGCAAGUACAAUGGAAAGAGGAAGGAGGAAACAGAAGAAAGCCAGUAUGUGAAGCCGUCGUACAAAACCGAAUUCAAAAAAUAAAAUACAAUCUCUAACCUUUCUAGACUAUUUCAGACAGCGGUUACACCAACCUGUAUGUGCGUGUUUUUUUUUUUUUUUUUU